UACAAAUGGAAGAAGAAAACGUGUUGUCAAAUUCAAGAGUUGUUAGAGAUUUGGCAGAGGAAUUGAUUGGUAUCAUCGACGCUGCUAAAACGACGGGAGAGUUUAGAUUGACACAGAAGAAAGAAUGCCAAACGCUAGCGAGGCAUUUAAGACAUUGUUUGCCGUUGUUGGAAGAGCUUCGAGAUCUUGAUGCACAUAUUCCUGAUUUUUGUAUCUCAUGCCUAAGAAAAUUGAAAAAAGCUUUUAUUCUCGCGAAAAAAUUGUUAAAGACUUGUCAUGCUGGAAGCAAACUUUAUUUGGUAUUGGAGGCAGAGGCAAUGGUGACCAGAUUCCAUACAGUUUAUGAUAAAAUGAUUCAAGCAAUGGAUGGAUUUCCAUACAAAGAAAUUGGAAUUUCUGAAGAAGUUAAUGAACAGAUAGAGUUGAUGUGUAUGCAACUGAAAAGAGCCCAACAGAGAACAGACAGUCAAGAUAUGGAGCUUACUAAUGAUAUAAUGGAAGUUUUGUAUUUUGACACGGACCGAAUUACAGAAUGUGAAAGUAUUAAAAAGCUAGCGAACAAGCUAUCGUUAAAUGCCCUUGACGAAUUAAGAGUUGAAACUGGGGCUAUAAGGAAACUUGUGAAAGAAAGAAGAGGACAAAAUGCAGAAGGAACUCAAAAGAUCAUAGAUCUGCUUGAUAGAUUUAAAAGGUUAGCAGGAAUUGAGCAGGUCAAUGUUCUUGAUGAUCCUGUUCCGUGCAACAGAUCUUUGAAAAAAUGUACUUCCAUAGCCAUCCCUUUUGAAUUCUUGUGUCCAAUUACACUAGAAAUAAUGAGGGAUCCGGUGAUUAUCGCGACUGGUCAGAGCUAUCAGAGGGAAAGCAUACAACAAUGGUUAGAUUCUGGCCACCGAACCUGCCCCAAAACUGGACUACCUUUAACACACACCGCAUUAGCACCAAACGUGGCACUGCACAACUUGAUUUUACAAUGGUGCAAGGACAACAACUACCAAAUUCCUAAAAAGGAGCCACCCCCGCCACCUAAAAAAGCACCAAGCGAGAAAGUUUCAACCUUGAUUCAAAACUUAUCUUCUAACCAACUAGACGAACAACGAAAAGCUGUCACCAAGAUUCGUGUGCUUUCACGAGAAAGUCCAGAAAACAGAACAUUGAUAGCAGAAAAAGGAGGGAUUUCACCACUUGUACAACUCCUUUCAUACCCAGAUUCCAAAAUUCAGGAACAUGCAGUAACAGCCCUUUUAAAUCUAUCAAUUGAUGACGAAAUCAAGAAACAAGUCUCUAACGAAGAACCAAUUCCAGCUAUUAUAGAAAUAUUGCAUAGUGGAACUAUUGGGGCUAAAGAAAACUCAGCUGCAGCAUUGUUUAGUUUAUCAAUACUUGAUGAAAACAAAACUUUAAUCGGGUCAUCAAAUGGGAUCCCACCGUUGGUUGAUUUAUUAACAGAAGGAACGAUUAGAGGCAAAAAAGAUGCAGCCACAGCCUUGUUCAACUUAACACUUUCACCAGCAAAUAAAGCUAAGGCUAUAGAAGCUGGUGCCAUCAAACCUUUACUAAAGAUCCUUGAAGACGAGCGGUUAGAUAUGGUUGAUGAGGCUCUCUCGGUUUUGCUACUACUUGCAGAACACUCGGAUGGAAGGAAAGAACUUGGCCAACUUUCUUCCAUUGAAACUUUGGUUAAGAUUAUUAGAGAAGGGACACCGAAGAAUAAAGAAUGUGCAGCAGCCGUCCUUCUUAAGCUUUGUACGAAUAACAAUAACCACUUGGUGGUUGCACUUCAGUAUGGUGUAUAUGAGCAUGUGGCAGAUGUUUCCAGGAAUGGAACUACAAGAGGAAAAAAGAAGGCAACUGCUCUUUUGCAGCUUAUGAGUAAAAGUGGACAGAUUCCUAGCUACAACAGUGUAAGUUGACAUCGU